GGAGUUUGGAAGUAUUUGCUGCUGCAGGGGAUGUGAUUUGAAGCAGGACAGCACUUGCCUCAGUCAAUAAAAGCGUACUCCUCCGACCCAAACUCGGGCCGAAGACUUCAAAGAACUCCUGACUCAUGCAUUCCGAACACCACAAAUCGGAGGUGAUUCAUACUAAAAUGCACAUGCAACAGCAAAAUCCUCAGACUGAACAUAUUAAAGGGAAGAAGAAGAUUCCAUCAGGCUGAUUGGUCAGUGACCAAUCACAGAAGAGAAAAACUCCAAUUGCGGCACAUGUUGCCAAGGUAGCGCUCAUCCAUCAUGCGGACGAUGAAAAAAGUCGUCCACAUACAGUCGGACGGAUACAUGUGGCCUCCAGAUGCGGUUCUUUUAACAGAUGCUAUUCAUCACAUACCUUAAAGUCCUUCACAUGGGUAACAUAUACUAAAAGGAAAAGGCAACAUAAUCCCUGAAGCAAGUUAAUCAUUUAAAUCCUUGUUCAUUGGUGUUCAAAUAAAUCAGCAUAGUCUGAGUCCAGUGAGCCCAUUUGUAAACAUAUAUGGCACUUUUUGAUGCAGAGAUGGAUUCAUUUAUGUUGAGCCAAUGCAAGAUUGAUUUCCUAAAUUUGCUUUGUCACAUUAGCCCAUUAUGUAACCCAGCUUUUUUUUUGCAUUUUGCUCCAUAUAACAUCAUCUUUAGUAAAUUGUAACAUAUAGUCAAGACUAUCAAAUGUGGUUUCUACCCAGGACAUGCGAAAAUACGUCAUAUACUGUACUGCAAUAACAGUGGCAUAUAUACAUAAAAUGAAUUAAAAAAAACAUAAAGAUGUUAUUACAGGAUGAAAAGUUUUAAUUUACGUGAGGGGGAAAUUUAGUAAUGCGCAUUUAACAACCUUAAACUCAUUUUUACAACCUAAUUCUUCAACUUCAAUUAAUUUGGAAAAGUUUGACGUACUUUUCCAAAGUAAGUGGGGGGCGUGUGCGGCGCCAGACUUGCCCCUGACUCCCAUAAAUACAAAGUUGUCCCCUCUGUUUUUUUUUGUUUUUUUUAAGGGAGAGAGGGACACACAAGAGCACACCGGACGCAUACGCACAAUGUCACUUGCACAUGUGUGUGCGAGUGCAAGCAUGCAUGCAUGCGUGUACACAAAGACGUUCUUCUGCAACCAGCAGACAGGCUGGCUGCAGCCAUGAACUUUAACAUACUAGUCUUGGAGUAUAGAGCCGUCUCCCCUCUGGGCAGGGGGCCAACACAAUGAGGGAAAUACCUCUCGGCCUGUCCCCGCCGAGUCGGAGAACAUGAUCUACAACGGGGCCACGUCAAUUCCCAGACGGCACAAAGAGGCUAUUCUUUCGCGCCCUUAUGUUCUUUCAUAAUCGAUACAAAUCCCCCCCAUUUUUCUGUUUUUGAAAUAUAUCACAUUCCUGUUUAAUCCGUCAGCUACUUGUGUGGUCAUGAAUGAGCUUUCUAAUGAGCUGAACGAGGUGGGCAACGAUGAGCAUUCAAGCCAUUGUUGCAGAAAAUUAUUGCUUUGUCGGUACUCUAGACUGCAAUAUCCGAAUUGUAGCAGAAGUGAAAUUUUUACAUCAGCCCUACCAUUUUAAGAAAAAAUUGAUUAUUAGGAAACCACUGCGGCUGAGGAAAAACAACCUGACCGGCCAGGCGUCAUUCAAUUUGGCUACCUGUUUUAUUGGGCUUGAAGAGCUUUGCUGAACCUAUAAUGGAAUAUGCGUUGAUAUUUUGCCAGCAGUUCUAAAAUGCAAACAUUAUAUUCUUUUAAGCCAGUCUUAACAGCCCUUACACUUCCCUCUUUGGCAGCAUUAACUCUACUCAGAGGCUUUCUAGUUUUAGUCAUGUGUGGUUUGUCAUGCAUGGCAAAAACAAUGCAACCAGUAAUUAGAAUUAGAAUCUACUUUGCAGAUAAAAAAAAAAAAACCUCUAAACAUGAGAGAACACGUCUGAGCAAAGUUGAAUGGUGUGUAGUAGGAAGAUAAGGCACAGCUCAAUAUAUGUGCAACUGAUACAGUGCAAACAUUGUCUGUAUUGGAUUAAUACAUUCGAUAGUAGUAAAUCGGUAAGCAAAAAUCAUUCCACAGCACCACAAUAAUAAAAAUAAGGUUACAUUAAAAGCGCUCAGAUAGGCACUGUCAACUGCGCGCCAUUGGCUUUCAGUGUAUUUGCGUUAAUAUUUUCAAACAAGCAGACGGACAAUUUGGUGGCCUUGUCUGAAAAUUGUUUGUGUGAAUGUUUACCUUCAAGAUAAGGCAACGUCUUCCACUUGGGACACCUCGUGUACAAAUCGCAUGUCUAGACGUUUGCUCUUUGCUCCAUUUUGUUGGAGUUUUAGGCUUGUAUUUGGUUUGCCAUCCCACCUGUCGAUGAUGUCCAUGUGGUUGUAAUGGAUUUUAGUUUUGCACCAUUGGUGUUUGUAAUCAUUGCAUUGCGCAACCUAAUAACUGACUUGGGUAUGUCAUCAUCGCAUUUGUGGUCGUCGCGUUAUUUGUUGUGCGAUGAGACACAACAACAAAAGGUCUUAACCUACUUAAUACCAAUCGAUGUGGAAUUAUUGUCUCUUGGAUUAACACAAUCUUCAUGUCAUUGGGAACGAUUUUUUUAAAAUGAGAACAAUUUGCAAGUCGCAGUUACGAAAUGUUUGUGGGGGGGGGGGAGUACAAAGUCACCUUGAAGUGUUUUUUGCUAUCUUGUAGUAGAGUUGUCUUCCUUAUUUUUAGUUUGAAACAGUGGACAGGAAUGUAGUCUUGAUGCAAUGUUUCUUAGUCAUGUUGUUACUUUUUUGCUUUUUUAUUGCUUGCUCAGUAUUGGAUUGGACAUACUGCUACAUAUGUACAGUAUGCACAGGUGGGGGAGGUCAUGAAAUACAUAAAAUACUUGGUCAUGCUAUACGUCACUGAUGCCAAACUCUACCAAGUCCAAAAUUCCAUAAAGCAGAUUAUCAAUCAAUCCCUUGCAUUUCCCUGAAACAUUUCUGAUGUAAGACUUCUGGCUCGAGCGUCCUUAUAAGGGUCUGCCAAGUCCCGCAGGGCCGCAUGGAAGUAUAGCCGUUGGCUUGUUACUCAAACCUGCGCACACACAUGGCACUUUACACGAAUUCCACUUCAAAUUAAAUCAGGUCAGGUUUUUCUCCCGGGCUUGGAAAACCCAGUAAGUCAGCAAAAAUAAUUGUGUGGAGCCACUUUUAAAUAGUCCACCACCACUACCACGAGACUGGCCUGUUAUUCCAGUUUAACUUUAAAUUAGCACCAAAAUUGUUUUGUGACUCAUGCACAAGGAUAGAAUGGGAUCAGCACUGCCUUGUUCCUAGAAGCCAUCAUAUCCACUCACACAAAUUUGAAUUAUAUUGGCAAAUCGAAGUCCGGCCUUCCUUUGUAGGGUUUGCUUUUUCCCUCACUCUUUGGAGUCUUCCCACAUUCCGUUAAAAAAAAGCAUUUUUGGUUAAUUGAACACUCGAAACUGUCGGUAGAUGAUGUGGAAUGCCGAUAGUAUCCGGCCUCUCACCCAAAGUUAGCUGGGAUGGACUCCAGCUCACCCGUGACCCCAAAUGAGGGCACCUUAUAAAUAAUAGACAUCCAUUUCUGUUGCUGGGGCAAGAAAUUACAACAGGGCUGAUAACAAUUUAACCCUCCAAGAAAACUAGAGGACCAUAUCGACCCCAUUUUGGGGGUACUCAAGCACCCUCAAAGUGAAUCCAAGAACCCCAAAAAUGUGAGAGCUCUUUCUUUCAUCUUUUUUUUUUUUUGGGGAAGAAAAAUACAGUAACACCCACCUCCAUAAUUCAAUAAUGGUUUGAUCCACCCCAACCUUCCCACCAUAGGUUUAGCUUUUAUUAGCUUGGAAACAUUACAAAAAUGAACUCAUCAUAGAUAGAAAACAUAUUUCUUGAAGAAAGAGCCAAGUUAAGAUAAGAUGCGACCCACAAAAUGUACAAGCCAUUGCAUGUCGAGAAAAACACCGUGUUUAAUUCACCCAAUUCCAGCUGCAGCAUAUUUUAAAAGACUUUUGAGACACCCCCGAACUUCUGAUCCUAGAAACGCCCCUGGUACCAACCAUCUGUUUGUAUCUUUGUCAGCGACCAAGGGUUCUUCUGUACGUUGCCAAUAUGCAAAUAUUUCAAAAGUGUCAAGUGUGCAAAAGCACCCUGCAGUGACAGCAUCCUAAUGAUUUAGCUCCUCCGCCUUAAUGCACGCGUGCUGACUAAAUGUGUCAGCCUGCAGGUUUGUGGGGGAGCAAAGGGCGAGCGAUAAGCCAGCGUCUCUCUCUCUCUCACACACACACGCACACGCACACACGCACACACUACCUCACACACACACACUCGCAAGUAAGUCAUGUAUUAUUUAUCCUGGAGCUCCACGUGUGCUGUCUCUCAGGGUUGGUCCUUUUUCGACCCUGUGAUUGGACACACCUCCAAGCUCCACCGGCUCAUCCAAGCGAAGGGAGGGGCCUGGGCUCACACCCAUCCACCAUUGGCCCCGAAUCCAAAAAUUUACAGCUUUAUCUCCGCGGGUUCGAGGAGCAGGUCGCGGGGUUAUAAAUAGAGCCUCCACCCCGGCGGGGGAGAGAAAAUGAGCAUCGGUGUGUGGCGACCGCUCCAUGAUCUCUGUGAGAAGGAUGCUGCAGCAAGCUCUCAGAGUGUCCGGCCGGAGCGUCUUCCCACUCCUAAAGUGGGUAGAAAGGUGGACUGAGGGCGCAGCCGCCCGUCCGGACGGGACGACGGUGAGGACUCUGGAUGACAUGCCCGGCCCCUCGGUGCUUGGCUUCGCCUGGGACUUAUUCGCCCGCCGGGGACUGUCCAAGCUGCACCAGUUACAGCUGGAGGGAGUGCAACGUUACGGCCCCAUGUGGAAGGCGAGCUUCGGCCCCAUCACGACAGUCCAUGUGGCUCAUCCGGCGCUCAUCGAGCAGGUGCUGAGGCAAGAGGGCCAGCGCCCCAUGCGCUCUGACCUUUCCUCCUGGAAGGACUACAGGAAGCUCAGAGGUCAGCACUACGGACUGCUGACAUCUGAAGGCGAGGAGUGGCAGGAGGUGCGAAGCCUCCUCGCAAAGCACAUGCUGCCGCCCAAAGCGGUGGAAGCUUACGACCAAACCCUGAACGGCGUGGUCAGUGACCUCAUCGCCAAACUUCGCCUGCGCAGACACCCCGAAGGCCUCGUGACCGAUAUUGCCAGGGAGUUCUAUUACUUCGGGCUGGAGGGAAUCUCCUCCGUGUUGUUCGAGUCCAGAAUCGGUUGCCUUGAGCCAGUGGUUCCCAAAGAAACGGAGCUCUUCAUCGAGUCCAUCAACACCAUGUUUGUACAGACGCUUCUUACCAUGGUCAUGCCAAAAUGGCUACAUUCGCUCUUUCCCCGACCCUGGAAGACUUUCUGUCAGUGCUGGGACUUUAUGUUUGAAUUUGCUAAAGGCCACAUUGACCAGCGCUUGAGGGAAUCAGAGAAAAAAUGUGAAAAAGUGGAGGGCCAUUAUCUUGCCUACUUCCUGGCCCAGACUGAUUUGCCCAUGAAGACUGUUUACAGCAAUGUCACAGAGCUGCUGCUUGCGGGCGUCGACACCAUAUCCGGCACGAUGUCUUGGUCGCUGUACGAGCUAUCCCGUCACCCCGAGGUGCAAGCCUCAUUACGCGAUGAAGUUCUGACCGUCCUGGAAGGCAGGAAAGUGCCUCGGGCAGCCGAUGUAGCACGCAUGCCACUCAUGAAGGCCGUCGUCAAAGAAGUGCUCAGGUUGUAUCCGGUCAUCCCUGCUAAUGCUCGAGUUAUCACUGAGAGGGACAUCCAGGUUGGAGGCUACCUCAUUCCUAAGAAAACGCUGAUUACGCUGUGCCACUUUGCAACAUCACGUGAUCCGGCCGUGUUUCCCAAUCCAAAUGAGUUCCUGCCGCACAGAUGGUUGACAAAGGACCAGACUCAUCACCCAUAUUCCUCGUUGCCUUUCGGGGUGGGAAAACGCAGCUGCAUAGGCCGACGCAUUGCUGAACUGGAGCUCUACCUUGCUCUCGCCAGGAUCCUGAUCGAGUUCGACGUGCGGCCAGACCCGAAAGGUGUUUCUGUGAAGCCCAUGACACGGACGUUGCUCGUUCCUGAAAAUGUCAUUAACCUGCAGUUUGUUGAACGAUGACUCACUCUUCUGAGCGAGCCGAGUUACCUGAACAUCACCACGGCUCUCAAGAGCACAAAGCAUGCGGGCCGGCAGGGACCUGUUCAGAAUCAUGUUAAAAAGGCCCACGGGAGGCCUCUGGAGCAGAGUGACGCGGCCGAGGCGCUCCACAGAAGUUCAACUAGCAGUUGUGAUAACGCAUAUUUGCACAAAGUCUGAGAGCUCACAUGAAUGUAGUUUCACAGAUGAUCCUCAGACCACGUUUCAUUUUUUUUUAUAGGACUACAUAUGAAGCCUCUGGAGCUGAUUUUUGUAUCACAUCACAAAUGCCAAAUUCAAGCACUAUGUGUACAAUUAAGCUGGUCAAUUUUCAAGUUCUAAAUUCGAAACAGUUUUCCAUAGGCAAUCAGGUCAAUUAAUUUUAUUCCAAUGUCCUUAUCAUAAAAGCUUUAUCAAUUGUACGGGCAGUUUUUUUUAAAGUAAGAUUUUCAUAUUCAUAGCUCACAUGCACAAAUGUAGAAAAAUAAAUUGGCUUCUGAAAAAUACAACUCAAAAGGAACACAAGUUUGCAAAGCGAGUCUAGUGGUGUUUUGUAUUUUUUGAAUUAGUGGUAAUGCAUGUAGUAUUAUUUACAUUAGCGUCUGCUUAGUAACAUUAAUUUUUCUAGGUAUUUGAUAUUUUAUUAUUGUGUUGCUCAGUUAAGUAGCAAGGUGAUUUUCAGUUUUAUAGUUAGUUUCAGUUUUAAGGGUAACACUGUUCAUCUGUGAUGACAGUAAAAAAAAAAAAGUGGAUGACUUGUUCAAUGUCACGUGUGCGACAAUU